AUGUCCCUCAGUGGAAGGGGCAGUAUAUCCCAGGAUGGGGGGCCAGUGGCCAGUAACGAGCGCAGGAACACACGAGUGAAGAGGGCUGUCCGCAUCUCCAGCAUCGUGGCUCAGGAGGUGAGUAGUCGGACUCUGACCUUGCUGUGAGACUGCAUGGGACCACAGGCACUAUUGGGAAAGAACAAGGGCAUUCAAAUAAAUCCUAACUUUCAGGGGCUUUUAAAUUGUAACAUUCGAUCUGUCAAGGAUUAGUGUUCAGUUAAACAGAGGCACAUUAAUUGCUGUUGAAGGGGUGUCACAACUAUUAUUUUGCUGUGUGCAUUAGCCUACAUUAUCUGUGUAUUAUCUUAAUAGCAUGUAGAGCCUAUUUUGUUAUUUUUGAGAGUUGUUUGGGUCAUUGGUUCUCUUACUCCACUGUACAGGGUGCUUGAACAGUUUGUGUCAUACUUAAGACAUAUUCAAAGAAGAUGAAUAUGGUUCCAGACAGUGUACUUACGUCAGUAUAAAGCCUAUUCGGUGUGCUUCAGCCUGUGGAGGUUAGAUUAAAUCCAGACAGGUUGUGGAGAUCCUUGGUGUGUUUUACUGUAAUUAAAAACGUUCUGUGUUUUUCUGAUCCAUGAAUAUCUCUACUUGUGAUAGGAUUAUUGGUCAUAAGCUGUGUUUACCUGUACAAAUGCCAACAAACAGUUACCUAGGGCCAUACUACAGUGCGUGUGUGCACGCAUGUGUGCAUGUGUUUAUGUGUUUGAGCAGAUGCAUACGUACAUUAUUUGCUUGUUUGCAUGCCUGGUUUAUGUAAUAUUAUAUUGUAAUGUCAUCAGUACAUUAAUAUGGUAAGAUACAUGGUCUGUUAUGCUAACGCCAGUCUGUUACGCUAACCUCAGUGUUAUGUUACAUCCUGUUGUGACUACCAUUCUCACUGUUAUUUUAGGAUAAAAGCCACUCAACAAACAAUGACAAUCAACUUAAGGGGCUUGUUCUUAAUGAGUAAUCAUUUCACUGUUAGUCUACACCAGUGGAGGCUGGUGGUAGGAGCUAUAGGAGGACGGGUUCAUUGUAAUGGCUGGAAUGGAAUAAAUAGAAUGGAGUCAAACAUGUGGUUCCCAAAUGAUCGAAACCGUUCCAUUUAUUCCAUUACAGCCAUUACAAUGAGCCUGUCCUCUUAUAGCUCCUCCAACCAGCCUCCGCUGGUCUACACUUGUUGUUUACAAAGCAUGUGACAAAUACAAUUUGAUUUACAUCAUGGGUAAUGUAGUUCCUCUCAGAGGAGCCAGUGUCACUGACGUAGAAUACACCCCCGCAGCCCCUGCAAGGCAAAUAUGUAGUGGCAGGAAAUGAGCUCAGAGUUUCUUGAAAGUUGGGACAAUCCUUGUCCGGCAGGGAAACGUAAUUUUUAUAGUUGGAAAAAAAUAUUUUGUUGCAAUAUUUGAGAUUACAAUGUACAUUUAAGGGAAUUUUACUUUACUUUCAAUAUUAUGCCUGGAAAUGCCCUUGUCUAGAACAAAGGAUCCCAAUUUCAAUCUCUCAAAAAAAGUGUAAAAAAAAGGGCAAUAAUGGAUAUUAACUGAAAAAUGAUCUUAUCAUAUGACCCAUGGGGCGGCGCACAAUUGGCCCAGCGUCGUCCAGGGUAGGGGAGGGAAUGGCCAGCAGGGAUGUAGCUCAGUUGGUAGAGCAUGGCGUUUGCAACGCCAGGGUUGUGGGUUCGAUUCCCACGGGGGGCAAGUAUGAAAAAAUAAAAAAUAAAAAUAAUGUAUGCACUCACUUAAAUGUAAGUCGCUCUGGAUAAGAGCGUCUGCUAAAUGACAAAAAAAAUAACAUUAAAAAAAAUGUAGUUUCUUGCAAUAGCCCUCCGUAACUUUAAAUCAUAUUUCUCUCAAAGCUCAAAGCUCAAUUCCGUCAGAUUUGUCUAAAAUCCUAAAUUAAUCAGGAAUGAACAGGGUCAACUAUACCAUAAGGACCCCUUAUUCAUGUCCUCAUUACAUGUAGUGCACUCAUGGUCUGUAAAGUUCUCUACUUUUGAUAGAUUUAAACAAACAAAAUUGGAAUCAUCAUGGUCACAACCAUAAACUGUCAACUCCAUCUGCCUGAUAGAUUAAGAUAGAAUAUGAAUUUCGGUUCAAAUACAGUAUGUUACAUUUAAUUAGGUUUUAGAGUCAUAAAGCAACUGAGGAAAAACAAAAUUGCUACUGUGUAUACAACUCCGUAAAACAUGAACUCCGUCAGAUUUUUGUCUAACGUCAACUCCGUCAGAGUGCUGAAAGACCUGAUAGAAUGGUUAUGUUUUUAUUGGGGAUUGUCAAAAUUAAUAAUUUUCCAUAUUUUACAAAUGUUUGUAUUGAACUUUUAUUUUUAGAGGCAAAUAUAUGUCUGUUUUGUGUAUCCGUUGACAACUCCGUCAGUGGUUUGUCAACUCCAUCACUAAUGGAGUCAAUAUUUUUUUGUCAAUAAUCAGAAAAACAUAUUUUAAUCACUGUUCUGCAACAUAUGCUUAAACAAUUUAAGUAUUUGCUGUGCUAGACCCAAGGGAUAAUGUUUGCUUUAUAAAUGUUUUAUUUUAUCGAAAUCUAGAAAAACAUGCCAAAAUUCUAACAAAUCUAGCCGUGGAGCAUUAAUAGUGCUAUAAAACAAACAAAAAAUAAGUUUGGAGAUUUGUAUUAUAAAUGUUGGACAAUAAUUGUAAAAAUUAAAUGCCUUUUAUGGUGUCUGACGGAGUUGACAUACAGCGCAUUCAGAAAGUAUUCAGACGCCUUGACUUUUUCCACAAUUUGUUACGUUGCAGCCUUAUUCGAAAAUGGAUUACAUUGUUUUUCCCCCUCAUCAAUCUACACACAAUACCCCAUAAUGACAAAGCAAAAAUAGUUUUUAGAAAUUGUUUCUAAAAAUCAAAAAAUUAACUCAAAUAUCACAUUUACAUACAGUUGAAGUCAGAAAUGUACAUACACUUAGGUUGGAGUCAUUAAAACUUGUUUUUCAACCACUCCACACAUUUCUUGUUAACAAACUAUAGUUUUGGCAAGUCGGUUAGGACAUCUACUUUGUCGCAUGACACAAGUAAUUUUUCUAACAAUUGUUUACAGACUAUUUCACUUAUAAUUCACUGUCACAAUUCCAGUGGGUCAGAAAUUUACAUACACUAAGUUGACUGUGCCUUUAAACAGCUUGGAAAAUUCCAGAAAAUGAUGUCAUGGCUUUAGAAGCUUCUGAUAGGCUAAUUGACAUCAUUUGAGGCAAUUGGAGCUGUACCUGUGGAUGUAUUUCAAGGCCUACCUUCAAACUCAGUGCCUCUUUGCUCGACAUCAUGGGAAAAUCAAAAGAAAUCAGCCAAGACCUCAGAAAAAUAAUUGUAGACCUCCACAAGUCUAGUUCAUCCUUGGGAGCAAUUUCCAAAUGCCUGAAGGUACCACAUUCAUCUCUACAAACAAUAGUAUGCAAGUAUAAACACCUUGGGACCAUGCAGCCGUCAUACCGCUCAGGAAGGAGACGCGUUCUGUCUACUAGAGAUGAACGUACAUUGGUGCGAAAAGUGCAAAUCAAUCCCAGAACAACAGCAAAGGACCUUGUGAAGAUGCUGGAGGAAACAGGUGCAAAAUUAUCUAUAUCCACAGUAAAACAAGUCCUAUAUUGACAUAACCUGAAAGGCCGCUCAGCAAGGAAGAAGCCACUGCUGCAAAACCGCCAUAAAAAAGCCAGACUAUGGUUUGCAACUGCACAUGAGGACACUUUUUGGAAAAAUGUCCUCUGGUCUGAUGAAACAAAAAUAGAACUGUUUGUCCAUAAUGACCAUUGUUAUGUUUGGAGGAAAAAGGGGGUGGCUUGCAAGCCGAAGAACACCAUCCCAACCGUGAAGCACGGGAGUGGCAGCAUCAUGCUGUGGGGUGCUUUGCUGCAGGAGGGACUGGUGCACUUCACAAAAUAGAUGGCAUCAUGAGGAAGGAAAAUUAUGUGGAUAUAUUGAAGCAACAUCUCAAGACAUCAGUCAGGAAGUUAAAGCUUGGUCGCAAAUGGGUCUUCCAAAUGGACAAUGACCCCAAGCAUACUUCCAAAGUUGUGGCAAAAUGGCUUAAGGAUAACAAAGUCAAGGUAUUGGAGUGGCCAUUACAAAGCCCUGACCUCAAUCCUAUAGAAAAUUAGUGGGCAGAACUAAAAAAGCGUGUGCGAACAAGGAGGCCUACAAACCUGACUCAGUUACACCAGCUCUGUCAGGAGGAAUGUGCCAAAAUUCACCCAACUUAUUUUGGGAAGCUUGUGGAAGGCUACCCAAAACGUUUGACCCAAGUUAAACAAUUUAAAGCCAAUGCUACCAAAUACUAAUAGAGUGUAUGUAAACUUCUGACCCACUGGGAAUGUGAUGAAAUAAAUAAAAGCUGAAAUAAAUCAUUCUCUCUACUAUUAUUGUGACAUUUCACAUUCUUAAAAUAAAAUGGUGAUCCUAACUGACCUAAGACAGGGAAUUCUUACUAGGAUUAAAUGUCAGGAAUUGUGAAAAACGGAGUUUAAACGUAUUUGGCUAAGGUGUAUGUAAACUUCCGACUUCAACUGUAAGUAUUCAGACCCUUUAGCAGCGAUUUGGCAGCGAUUACAGCCUCAUGUCUUCUUGGGUAUGAUGCUACAAGCUUGGCACACCUGUAUUUGGGGACUUUCUCCCAUUCUUCUCUGCAGAUCCUCUCAAGCUCUGUCAGGUUGUGUGUGGAGCGUCGCUGCACAGCUAUUUUUAGGUCUCUCCAGAGAUGUUCAAAUGGGAUCAAGUCCGGGCUCUGACUGGGACACUCAAGGACAUUCAGAGACUUGUCCCGAAGCCACUCCUGCAUUGUCUUGGCUGUGUGCUUAGGGUCGUUCACCCUGUUGGAGGGUGAACCUUCGCCCCAGUCUGAGGUCCUGAGUGCUCUAGAGCAGGUUUUCAUCAAGGAUCUCUCUGUACUUUGCUCUGUUCAUCUAUCCCUUGAUCCUGACUAGUCUCCCUGUCCCUGCCGCUGAAAAACAUCCCCAUAGCAUGAUGCUGCCACCACCAUGCUUCACCAUAGGGAUGGUGCCAGGUUUCCUCCAGACGUGACGCUUGGCAUUCAGGACAAAGUUCAAUCUUGGUUUCAUCAGUCCAGAGAAUGUUGUUUGUCAUGGUCUGAGAGUCCUUUAGGUGACUUUUGUCAAACUCUAAGUGGGCUGUCAUGUGCCUUUUACUGAGGAGUGGCUUCCGUCUGGCCACUCUACCAUAAAGGCCUGAUUGGUGGUGCUGCAGAGAUGUUUUUCCUUCUGGAAGGUUCUCCCAUCUCCACAGAGGAACUCUGGAGCUCUGUCAGAGAGACCAUUGGGUUCUUGGUCAUCUCCCUGACCAAGGCACUUCUCCCCCGAUUGCUCAGUUUGGCCGGGCGGCCAGCCCUAGGAUUCCAUUAAAGAAUGAUGGAGGCCACUGUGUUUUUGGGGACCUUCAAUGCUGCAGAAAUGUGUUGGUACCCCUCCCGAGAUCUGUGCCUCGACACAAUUCUGUCUCUGAGCUCUACGGACAAUUAAUUCGACCUCAUGGCUUGGUUUUUGCUCUGACAUACACUGUCAACUGUGGGACCUUAUAUAGACAUGUGUGUGCCUUUCCAAGUCAUGUCAAAUCAAUUCAAUUUACCACAGGUGGACUCCAAUCAAGUUGUAGAAACAUCUCAAGGAUGACCAUUGGAAACAGGAUGCACCUGAGCUCAAUUUCGAGUCUCAUAGCAAAGGUUCUGAAUACUUACCGUACCAGUCAAAAGUUUGGACACACUUACUCAUUCAAGGGUUUUCUUUAUUUGUUGAGAGAAUGCCAAGAGUGUGCAUAGCUGUCAUCAAAGCAAAGGGUGGCUAUUUGAAGAAUCUCAAAUCACAAAUAUAUUUUGAUUUGUUUAACACUUUUUUGGUUACUACAUGAUUCCAUAUGUGUUAUUUCAUAGUUUUGAUGUCUUCACUAUUAUUUUACUAUUCUAAUGUAGAAAAUAGUAAAAAUAAAGAAAAACUCUUGAAUGAGUAGGUGUGUCCAAACUUUUGACUGAUACUGUAUGUAAAUAAGGUAUUUCUGUUUGUUUUUAAAAAAUAAAUUUGCAAAAAAUUCUAAACCUUUUUUCGCUUUGUCAUUAUGGGGUAUUGUGUUACAGGAGGGGGUCGCAGUUCCGGAGCGACCCACUAGGUGUCAUCCUCCAACAACUUUAGACACCUCCUCACUCACAGUCUGGACUAAUCAUUAUCUUAUUGGUGUCACCUGUGUAUACCUGUUCACCUGUGUAUUUAUGCCCUCACUUCCCUGUGUUCCCUUGCUCUGUUUUCUCUGCUAGUUCUCGAUGCCAAACAGUACUAAUCAGUGUCUGAUCGCGAGACGUAUGUACAGGUACUUGAAAAGUGUUCUCCCUGUUUCAUUGUUGUUUUCAGUCAUAGUUAGUAUUUCGUAUGUUUGCUGUCAGCCUGUUUUUGCUCCUCCUUUAUUUUUUCGUGACAAGUCUGUUAUUUUGUAUCCUGCUUUUGGGACCACCAGUAAUGAUCCUUGUUUCACCAUCUCUGCCUUCUGCCUACUGUAUAUCCUGCACCGCACCUGGGUCACACCUCACACCAACCCUUACAGAAAACAGAGGCAGCACAGUAUCGCAGCGCAUUGGCAAUGCAGGGAGCUAUGCUGACCUAGCACGACCGCAGCCUGCAGCAGAUCACAGAGAAUCUUCGCUGGCUGACGAUUACCGUGCAGAGCCGGGUGGACACCCGACCAACCCCGGCAGCCGGCGAGCAGAAACCGCGGCAGCGUCGUCUCCAGUCUCGCCUGCGACAUCGCAGGAACCCCGCCUACCACCGGAGAAGUACGACGGAUGUCCAGAGGGUUGCAGGGAAUUCCUCACCCGGUGUUCCCUGGUAUUCAGCCUACAACCCUCCUCCUUCCCGAUGGAGCAGGGCCGGGUGGCCUACAUUAUCACUCUGUUGACGGGUCGGGCCCUUUCCUGGGCUACCGCGGAGUGGGAGAGCCAAACUCCGGCGUGCCCCUGACUCCUACCAAUUCACCCGGCAGCUACGCAAGGUGUUCCGGACCCGGGCUCGAGAGGCAGUAUGGGAGGAGGCCGCCCUGGUCGUCCUUUAUGCGCAGGGGCUAUCGGAGGGGAUGAAGGACGAACUCUCUUUCAGGGAGCUGCCUGAGCGACUGGACGGCCUAGUCGACCUCUCGGUGCGGGUAGACAAUUGACGUCGUGAGAGGGUGCACAAGAGAGGGAUGACGCAAGGCGCGCUUGUCCAGGAUGGAGAAGCAGAGACGUCUGUACCAGGGACGUUGCCUGUACUGUGGCCAGGCAGGUUACCACUUCGACUCAUGCACGGCGAAGCCGGGAAACGGGAGGGCUCGCUAAUAUCGUGAGGGGUGCUAGCGAGCCGGAACCCCAACCCAAGAGACUCCCGGACUUGUUCAGUGGGCCCGCGCUGUGUGUUGGGCGCAUGCACUGGUGGAUUCGGGGGCUGUGGGAAACCUGAUGGACGCGGUGCUGGCCCAAGGGUGGAGUGCUUCGUUACUCUCCCUCUCCGAGCCGGUUCCGGUCAUGGGCCUGGACGGGCGGCCGUUGGGGUCGGGCUUCAUCACCCGGCGCACUGUCCCCGUGCGUGUCAGGGGGGCUAUGGGAGGAUAUCCAGUUUUUCAUUGUGGACUCUCCGAAGUGUCCACUCGUCCUCGGGCACCCCUGACUGGUCGCCCACAAACCCCGGAUAGACUGGUCCACGGGGCGGCUCAUCCUGGAGGGAGGCUCCGCCUCCGUCUUGUUCCGGUCUCAACCGAACACUCAUCAGCCCAAACCACCAUUCCAGACCACCUACCAGUCCUCACCUCUUCCCCAGGUCCCGCACUCCGAACUGCCUACCGCCCUAGCGGCGGUUGCCACCGGGAGGACGGCGGCUACAGACUCCGUCACCGGCCCAGACCUGGCAGGCGUUCCCCCGGGAGUAUUGGGAUCUGGGGGAGGUGUUUAGUAAGAGGCGUGCCAAGGGCCUACCUCUUCACAGGCCAUAUGAAUGAGCUAUCGAUCUCCUGCCGGGUGCCAUGCCCACACGAGUGCGAUUGUUUUCCUUGUCCCGGUCGGAGACACUGUCCAUGAGGGAGUAUAUCGACGAGGCACUCGUCGAGGGUCACAUCUGUCCCUCUGCCGCGGGCGCGGGCUUCUUCGUGGGGAAAAAGGACGGUGGGCAGCGGCUGUGCAUUGAUUACCGGGCGCUCAACGGCAUCACGGUUAAGAACCGCUACCCACUCCCCCUGAUGACGACGGCAUUCGAUUCGUUGCAGGAAGCCCGGGUCUUCACCAAGCUGGACUUACGAAAUGCCUACAACCUGGUGAGGAUUCGGUAGGGGGACGAGUGGAAGACGGCUUUUAACACACCGAGUGGGCAUUACGAGUACCAAGCCAUGCCGUUCGGUCUAGCCAAAACGCCUGCGGUGUUCCAGGUGUUGGUCAAUGACGUGCUCUGGGACCUCCUUGCCUACAGCAUCUUUGUGUAUUUGGAUGACAUUCUAAUAUUUUCAAAGGACAUGAGUGAACACCAGCAGCAUGUUCGGCACGUCCUCCAACGCCUUCUCCGUCACCAGCUCUACGUCAAGGCAGAGAAGUGCGUGUUCCACACAGAGACAGUCUCCUUCCUUGGGUUCAUCGUCACCCAGGAGGGGGAAUACGGAUGGACCCAGCCAAGGUCAGUGUGGUACUGGAUUGGCCCCAGCCCUCAUACAUCAAGCAACUACAACGUUUUGUAGGGUUCGCUCAUUUUUAUUGCCGAUUUAUUUGCAAUUUUAGCUCCCUAGCCGUUCCCCUGACAGCCCUCACCCAGAUGAGCGUGUGCUCCUUUGCCUGGACCCCGGAAGCGGGGAACGCAUUUGAUGCGCUUAAGCGGCACUUUACAUCGGCCCCGGUCCUAGGGCAUCCUGAUCCGUCCCUGCCGUUCAUUGUGUAGGUGGAUGCUUCAGACGUUGUGGUGGGAGCAAUCCUGUCCCAGCGGUUCCUCACGGACGUUAAGACUCACCCCUGAGCAUUUUUCUCCCGUCGGCUGUCCCCGGCGGAGUGAAAUUACGAUGUGGGGCACCGUGAGCUGCUAGCGGUCAAGCUCGCCCUGGGGGAGUGGAGGCAUUGGCUAGAGGGGGCCGCCCAUCCAUUUGUCGUAUGGACUGACCAUAAGAACUUAGCCUACAUUCAUGGGGCCAAGACGCUCAACUUGCACCAGACCAGGUGGGUGUUGUUCUUCACCAGGUUCCGGUUCACGAUCUCAUACCGUCCGGGUUUGAGGAACACCAAGCCUGACGCGCUCUCCCGGCAGUUCGACCCCAUGGACCUGGUGGAGAGGGACGACUCCAUUGUCCCCAACGCCCUGAUUGCUGCCCCAGUUUCGUGGGGAAUUGAUAGGCUGGUCAGAGCAGCGCUACGGCAGGAGCCCGAUCCGGGCGGAGGUCCAUCGGGGAGGAUUUACGUACCCAAGGCUGCGCGCUCGCGACUGCUUCAUUGGGCGCAAGCGUCCGACUUCACCAGCCAUCCGGGGGGCGCCAGGACGUUGGAGUUCCUGCGUAGGAGGCUCUGGUGGCCAUCAGCUGAGGGGGAUACGCACGCCUUCGUGGAUGCUUGACCCCUGCCUAUCCCAAAGCGCUCCUGGUCCCACAUCUCGCUGGGUUCCAUUUCCGCCCUACCCCCCUCUGAUGGAUACACAGUCAUCCUGGUCGUUGUGGAUUGGUUUUCGAAGGCUGCCCACUUCAUUCCCCUUCUCAAACUCCCGUCGGCUCGGGAGAUGGCUAAGUUGGUGGUGCAGCACGUUUUCCGGGUCCACGGCCUUCCCGAAGAUGUGGUGUCGGAUCGGGGUCCUCAGUUCGCCUCCAGGUUCUGGAAGGUGUUCUGUUACAGGAGGGGGUCGCAGUUUCGGAGCGACCCACUAGGUGUCAUCCUCCGACAACCUUAGGCACCUCCUCACUCACAGUCUGGACUAUUCAUUAUCCUAUUGGUGUCACCUGUGUAUACCUGUUCACCUGUGUAUUUAUGCCCUCACUUCCCGGUGUUCCCUUGCUCUGUUUUCUCUGCUAGUUCUCGAUGCCAAACAGUACUAAUCAGUGUCUGAUCGCGAGACAUAUGUACAGGUACUUGAGAAGUGUUCUCCCUGUUUCAUUGUUGUUUUCAGUCAGUUUGCUGUCAGCCUGUUUUUGGAGACCAAUUUACCAAAAGUCUGUUAUUUUGUAUCCUGCUUUUGGGACCUCCGGUAAAGAUUCUUGUUUCACCAUCUCUGCCUACUCUCUAUCCUGCACCGCACCUUGGUCACACCUCACACCAACCCUUACAGUAUUGUGUGUAGGUUGAAAAGGAAAACAAAUAUUUAAUCCAUUUUAGAAUUAGGCUGUAACGUAACAACAUUUUGAAAAAGUCAAGGGGUCUGAAUACUUUCCGAAUGCACUGUAAAUCCAGUUGGUUGCAUUUUAUUAAAACAAUUAAAUAGGUUGUUCCUUUACAUGGUGUGAUAGCUGAUACUUUGGCCUAUCAAAAUAUAGAUUUAACAUUUUGUUAAUAUUAAGACAAAUAUUUGUGGAAAAAAAGUUGAGAUUGUCCCGUCUUUCAAGAAUCCCUGAGCUCUAAAACAGCAACAUUUUCUCUCAGCCUCAUGGCAAAAUGUAUAAAAUAGCAUGAGAUUAGCUAUAAUACUGCAUAUUGUUCUCUCUGCCCCAUGACGUAAAAAAAACAAAACAAAAAAAGUAGUGGCCUUGCUCGGACCUUGCAGUGGGCCCCGCGAAACUGUGUGACCAUCAGAGGAUUAGGGUGAAGUUGCCCCUAUAUGCUGAUCUUGGGUCAAUUUUGCCUUUUUCCACUAAAUGGUUAAGGUUUGGAUUGGGGGAGGGGAAGCUGAGAUCUGUGUCUAAGGGAAACUUCACCCUGGAGUGGCCAUUAGACAUGGGGAGGAAUCUGAUGUUGUAAACAGAUAACUCCUAGCACUACAUCAUGCUGGAAUUGAGUCAUGAGUCGGCGAGAGACAGUGUUUAGGUUUAUCCUCUGCAAGUCAUUAAUCCAUCCAUAGUGUUAACAGAAACAAGACAAGCAUCUCGCUGCAAAGCUUGGUGAAUUGAAAACAAAUCCAGCAAUGGUUCACACAGGUGAAUAUGUCCACCUACUGUCCAAAAAAGAGAGAAAUUGUUCUUAUGAGACUAGUUAUAGUAAUGGUUCAUCAUAGUCAUCUCCGUACUUGGAGACACAGAUGAGUUAUAGUGUUGAUAACCAAAGACUGUGCUACAUAAUCAAGUAUAUGUAGCGCACAGUAGGGGAGUUUCUCCGGUCAAGGAACCAACAUCCAUCUUGGCAAAACAGUGCCCUUGAACACCAUACUCAGUCAGUGAAGCAUAACGCACCUCAUAGCCAGGCAAAUGGAAUCCCAUGUCCCAGGGGCCCUUGUGCAUGAUUUAUUGCAGGAUGGGUAAGUGGGCUUCCCCUGUGCUGUGCAGUGCAAAGCAGAGGUGCUCAAUUGUUACUGUGACUAGAAGUUUCUACCACAAAAUAAAUCUUAGAAAAAAGGGUUCCAAAAGGGUUCUUCGGCUGUACCCAUAUGAUAACCCUUUUUGGUUCCAGGUAGAACAAUUUUGGGUUCAAUGUAGAACCCUCUGUGGAAAGGGUUCUACCUGGAACCAAAAAGGGUUCUUCAAAGAGUUCUCCUAUGGGGACAGCCGAAGAGCCCUUUUAGGUUCUAGAUAGCACUUUUGUUUCUAAGAGUGUAUUUAAGAGAAAUAUAGAGGUUUGGAUGUUGGAAGUAUUCUCUCAUUUACGAUAGCCUGUUCAUUGUCUACUGUAUGUCAGUGAUACACUGCAGAGGUAUGUCAAUCCCCUGAUACUGGGAAUAAUGUAAUUUGGUAAUUAUAUUGUCUUACAUACUGUAGGGGAGAACCAUUAGCAAGUGUCCUCUACCAUUAGCAACUGUAAUUUAAUUUCUAGGGUAAAUUAGUUGAAAUGAAAGUGGAAUUUCACCCUGGCUCUGCCAUGGCAUAGAGUCAUUACUAUGUUAACAACAUUACGUUUUUGUCAUAAACAUCACAAUUAUCCAAACCACAAGCUAGAACUAGCACAUUUUCAUUUUACUGGUAGAAUCAGGAAGUUUUCGACUUUCUGUGUAUUCCUCUGCUCAUAGUGAACCACAAAGUCUGGCAUUCAUAGCGAAUGCAGAUACUGUCUGCUAAGGUAGAUGGGGCCAGUGUUGCCAACUCCUCAGUAAGGAAAGUAGCUAUUGGCUGUCCUAAAAGUCACUAAAUGACAUCAUCACCUAAUUUGCAUAAUUGGCCAUGUGCAUGUAAUUGUGAUGGAUAUUGUAGGAGAGAGGAAUAACGUUGUGGGAGAGACAAAAAGUGAGUAAAAAACACCCAAAAUAUGUUUAGAACUACAAAUGAACUUUCUUCUGUCGAUUCUUGUUUUUUUUUAUGUCACAAUUCCAACCCUCCUCCUUUAUCCGGGCUUGGGACCGGCAAAAGUGACCCAAAAGAGACACUCUGGCGUAGUUAUUUCUUUUUUUUGUCUUUUUUUGUUUUUUUGUUUUUUAGUUUAGUUUUCUUAAGUUUGGUUUGGUUUUUAACCUUAUGGUCCACUUAGGAGCCUACAACAAGUCACAGUAAAACAUGAAUAUUUUUAACCAUAACAUUAAAAAAUAUAUAUAUUGUAUACAAUCUACAUUAACAAUCUAAAUGGACCAAAAAGAACAAUAGAAAAAACACAGGCUGUGCUGGCUCACAGAAAGAGUGGGUCAUCGUCAUUUUGGUCAAGGCUCUCUAUGGCAGGUUCAGCAACUGAGGGAGCUGACUUAAAUGAGUAAGCAGCUGAUGUGCCAAAAAGCUGCAAAACAUUAUCAGGCAGCUGGUGCUCAUAGCAAGCCUCACCAGACAGCUUUAGUCCAUAUCGAAUGUACAGGAUGGAGUUAAGGGUCUGCAAGGACAUCCAAAUUCUACGUUUGCUUUUUACCACACUCAUCUGGCUGAAUAUUCUCUCGACUUCAGGAUUCGAGUGUGGCAAGGACAACACAGACACAGCAGCCAUGGCAAGUUCUUGAAACGGGUUGAUAUCAGCUGCAUCCCUGAACUUCCAAAUCUCACUCCAGAAGCCCAGUUUUGUCUCAUUCCAUUUACUAAGAUGGAUGGCACGCCAUUGCUGGACAAUCUAUUUGUUUCUAUUUCUCCAGGGCUCUUAUUGUGCUUUAGAGUUUCCUCCACAUUGAAAACUGACAUGUACUGCAAUGCUUCGAUGUUGUCCGGCAGUCUCACCCUCAACUCAUUAGUGAGGGAGAUGGUGAAGGCUACACACCGCUUUCGCUUUCGGACAUUGUUUUCAUCCUCAGGCGCAAGGUGGAGCUCAGCUGCCUUUGACUCAAAAAGGUAACCAAGGUACGGUUUGGGACUGAUGUAUCCAUCUAUUGGCCCUUUGAGUACAUCAACAUUUGCCAGUGGAUUCAGCACCCUGCUGCUCACAGACUUGAUCAGGCUAACCAAGCUGUCAAGUAGUUUAAGAGGAUCUACUUGCUCUCCCUCAAAAGCCUUGAUGGCCAACUGUACCUCACCCUCCCUGCGCUUUGGAGACACUGAAAACCAGUUAUAAGUCUCUCAUACCAAGUACUCCCCACUAUGGGGGAUGGUGUCAUUGGAAUCAUGACUUACAGCCAGCUGCAGAGAGUGGCACACAUAGCGAAUAAGAACAAGAUCUUUGAGGCCAUACUCCUCCUUCAGCACUUUAUGGACCCCAUUGUUAAUCCCCGUUGAGAAGAGUAAGAACGAUACGUGCUUUCACGUCAGUCUCCAAAAGUCUCCAAUCACACCAUAAAAAGUCGCUAGUCGAUUUAAAAAAAAUGUGUCGCUAGAGGGGUAUGAAUACUCGCUAAAAAUAGCGACAAAGUCGCUAAAUUGGCAACACUGGGGCGCGUCAACAAAUGUCGAUGAUGGCAUUUUGUACUUUGAACAAACAACACACAGCAAUCUCAGAACUUCUGCAGGCAAGUUUUUUUUGACAAUGUUUGUUUUUCACUAACGUUUGUCAUCAUGCCUGUGUGGUGUUCUGUGCCGGGUUGUGUUAAUUACAAACAAGUGCAAAAAUGUGUUAUCUUUCACCAUUCUACCUACCAGAGAUUUACCACAAUGCUGCCAGGAGCUUGCAGAUAUCAACAAUGAUGCGCUUUACGAUGACCAAAGAUUAUCAGAGGGAUUUUCAAGUUGAACUGAUGUGAUGGGGAAUACAUUUCGACGACAGCUGAGAAGUGAUGCGAUACCAUCUAUUUUUUUUCCCUUCACAACAAAACGGAAGAUUCUUGAUUAGAGGUAACCUAACGGGAUUUAGUGAUUUAGCUGAUGGCUUUGGGUUCAAUACAGGACUAUAACAUUAGCUAACUUACCUAGCUAGGCCAGCUAGGCUAGCUAGCUAGCUAACGUUACAGUCCUGAACUCUGAAAGCCAUCAUCUAAAUCAUAUAGCUAUCUUUUUUGGUAGACACUCUGUCAAUCCAUUUCACCUAUGCCAUGGUAGUCACUGCUAGACUGGUAGCUACCUUCAGCAGCAGAGUAAACAUGUUUGUUCAUUAUAUCUUUGACUGACGUUAGCUAACGCAAGCUAGCUAAUGUUAGCAAAUAAAAGUAUCUCAAUCUGGUAGCCAUCUAUUUCACCCUUGCCUGGAAAACACUCUGUUACUAAAAAUAGAAUUGUCGAUAUAGUUAACAAACUCUCUAUUUUUGUGUUGGUAGCAAUGAUGAAUGUGUAUAAAUCAACUAUGGUUGGUUCUCAGCCAGUCUCAGCUGGCUAGCAAUCUAGUGACAGCUAGCUGACAAUAUUGAAAUGUCCAUGUUAGGUGUGCUAUGCAAGCCAGUCUAAUAAAGAUCAAUACAAUUAUGCGGUGGUUAAAUUGUGUAUUGUUGUGUAUUUUGUUGUAGAUUGUACCAAGAUGUCCAUCUAACCCCUAGCUCUGCACAAGGUGAAGGUAAGUUGCCAAAAAGAUUUACAAGCUGACAGCUAAGCUUUACAGUAAGCAUGGCAUAAACAUGAAUUGGGUAGUGUUUGUAUGGUUUGUUUUAUGGGGUUACAGGUGGUUAGAGGUAGCCUGAGAACCACAGAGUACCUUCCAGACGGUGUAAGUGAUUUAGUCUACCCCUCUUCUCUUUUGACCUUUUCUCUUUGUAAUACUCAGGUUAUCUGGAGUCAUUCCACAGUGCCCUGCUGAAAAAUACCCCAAAGCUGCGACAUUUUGGGUACACAAGCAUGAGGGAGCGGACACACCUUGCGGUUAUGGAGCGCAACAAGAUUGUGGGACAGAAACCAGCAAGGGACACUGAAAGGUAUAGAAUCAAGACUACAACAGUAAUGACAUAACCACCUCAUUCUUCUCUCUGUAGAUUCUUAAAACACAAUACAAAGACACGCCUACAAAAAUCCCCUGCAAGGGGCUACUAUUGACAAGAAUGAUUUGUCUAAGUCAAUGGGCUGGGGGAGGUUUACAGACAGUACUUUGAGAUGAGGAAGGGGUUUUUGUAGUGCAGAGUUGUGCUUAGACAGUAAAUGUAUUGUUGUGUAUGAGAACAAUUGAGAGAUACCAUUUCUCCUCUAUUUCCCAUACACAACAAUUCAUACUGUGUAAGAACUGCCCUCCUAAGACUUUUCACACCUUCUUUAGCCCACCAGCCCAUUCACUUUGUUGACUGAUUUUUCCUCUCAAAAGCAGCACCCAAUGUCCCUCAUUGUCCCUAAACAAUAUGCUAGCCGGUCCCAUUCGGUUGACACCUUUACCAACAAAGACGUGUUGCCAUACGUUCCUUCCACAAAAAGUGUAAAAUGCUAACACCACAACCAUUUAUUUCCAGGAGACAUGCAGAACCAGCAAAUCUUCUGCAAUAGUUGGUGGUUAAGAAGCCCUAUACCACUUUCGGCAGAAUCUUAUCCAGCUGGCCGUUCACCGCAGACAGGACAAGACCAUUUACCAUAAGCACAAAGAGUCUCAGCUUCCCCAGCCCACCAUGCCAAACACCAUUGCCAGUGUACUGAAGCCGGAUAAAGGACUUUUGACCAAUCAGAUCAGUUCUGAAAAAUAUCUGAUGUGAAAAGAUCUGAUGUGAUUAAGACCAAUUAGUGCAAUAAACAUCAGAAUUGGGCUGUCUGUGUAAACGCAGCCAGUGUGGCUCAGCAUAAGACCAUGUUGCACAGGGGUCUCCAACCCUGUUCCUGGAGAGCUACCCUCCUGUAGGUUUUCACUCCAACCCGUUGUAACUAACCUGGUUCAGCUUAUCAACCAGCUAAGUGAAAACCUACAGGACGGUAGCUCUCUGGGAACAGGGUUGGAGAGCCCUAAUGUAAAACCACUAUAAAAUAAAUAUGGAUAUUUUCUAUCAAUCUUUGAAAUUUGUAUGCCUUUAUGGAUUCACAGAAGAUAUUUAUAUAAGCUGUACAGGGCUCUGUAGCAAACAAAUGCUAGACAUUCCGAUAUCCAAAUAAUAUUUAUUUGUCAAAAUCUAAAAUACAGGGGAGUUUACACUAUUUAAUGCUAACUGAAGACAACUGGGUAUUCAACACAAAUGGUAUAUGGUAAAAGUAACAUACACAUUUUUUUUAUGAACAGUGUAGUACAGUUCAUUGUGUCCAAGUGUGUCUCAGGUGUAGAGACACACAAGUGCAGAGAACUGUAGCUGUAGAUUGUAACACCAGAUAAUGGGAUUUACCCAAAGAUUUUUGCUGACAUCUUGUCUAUUUCAAUUCUUCUCUCAUUGAUCGAGACAGGUGGGUUUCCACCCCAAAGUGCUGCAUGUCAUGAUAACAUAACUCUCUAGGUCAAUGAGAGAAGACUUGAAAUAGACAAGAUGGAGUCAAAAAUACAUACACAUUAUUGGAUUACUUCAUGGAGCAAAACAAGUUUUUAAUUUAAUAACGGAGCAUUUUCUAAAUUCAAACUGACCCCCUGCAACUGGACAAGGACAUUUUAUGAGACUCCUGUUUCCCCGAAUCGAGGACGAAGACAGCAUCGCUAAGGUUGGUCAAAAAUUAUCUGUGCUACACCAAACAGUAUCUAUCCUGUAACUCCCUGUAAUGGAUAACAACAAUCUUUGAUUAAAUCACAUUAUCUGGUGUAAGAAUCUGUAGCUAAGAAAACGUGUGGGGGGGGGCUGUGCCGGUUUUGACACCUUAACACUCUGCCAUAAAUUAGAGAGGAGGGGGAUCUCUCCCUGGCUCUCCAGUAUUGGUAAAGGAAUGUCUUUGUUCCAGAAUACUUUUGCCGCCAAAACUAUAAACGUCCAAAAGGUAAACACUGGAACAAUAUUCCUAACAUCCAAAUGUUUGGAAUGGUCAGUGGGGAUCUAAAUAAUAAUCAUGUCAUAUUGUUUAAUAUUUUGCGAUGUUAUUAAAAUCUGUAUGAACCAAAUACUGUAAUUUAGGAAGGAUACCCCCUUUAUCUGUCAAGUUUCCAUCAAAUACAUUGUGAUAUGAAAAUGGAUGAAACUAUUUUUGUUAAAAUAGGAAUGUGAUUUUAGGAGUCAUAAGAGAUAACUUCUAAUCAUAUCCUUUGCACAGUAACUAGCCACACCCCAGGUGCCAUCAGAGAUCAUGUCAGCAAGUAGGAACGCCCCUUUUACCAAGAGGGCAUAAAGGCUUGAAAGACAAAUUAAAAUUAGACCAGGAAACGUGGUGACUGCACGUUUAGAAUGGUUAGAACUUUGAAUGAGAAAGACCAGCCGACGUGAAUCGCGAGCUCACGUUACAAAAUGGUUAGACCAGAAAGCGUGUAGCUGUGGCUACACGGCUGAAAAUGCUUAGAACUUUGAAUCUCUACACGAGGUGAAGAAGAUAAACUCACUAGACCAAAAAGCAUUGGCAGUCUGCAGCUGUACAUGUAAAGUAGUCUAGAACUUUGACUAAAGACACAAGGUGGGAAGAAAGGAGAAUCCCAUCUCAGACAGCCAUUGUUGCAUCUGAAGUAUCUGUCUAACAAACACUUCACUACCAGAUAAGCUCUACAAAGAAGAAGGACAUUGUGACCUCUGGUGUACAAUCAGAGCCUUACAAGUGAGCUGAGCGAAGACCCAGCCAAAACCUCCUUUCCAAGAGGGCUUGGGUCAACAGAGAUAGACGAGCGGCAAACACGUAAAUCCAUUCAUUGGUUUCUUACUCAGAACGGGCGGUGGUUAGGGUGCUAAGUAUUCUGAUUACCGUGAGCGUAGUUCCCAAAUGUAUGUACGAUAAGUUUGACUCUCUUUAUCCCUCUCUCCCUCCUUCUAUUGACCCCUCCCUUUUUGAUAACCAAGCAGUCAUGCUGUUGUUAGUCCGCUAGGGACUUUUCUCAUGUAUUAAGUAUGUAUGUAUUCUGUGUUAUUAUUUAGUUAGCUAGUAAAUAAAUGAUUAAGCUAAUUUGUGUAUUGCUGGUUAGGGUUCUUGCGGAGUCAAGGAUUAUGCGACGUUCAGAAUGAGACUAAUAUGAGGUAAUGAUUAAUAAGUGACUGUUAUCAAUAUAUAACAUAUAUAUCUUCUAAGAGUUUAAUUUGGGAGAUGGUAACUCGAUAAACAACUUCUUCCGUGGUGCCCCAAAUUCCUAAUGAGUUAAUUGUUACAUGAUUAAUUUAAUCGAGUAACAAUUAAACAUAGUUGAUUCGAUAAAUAACAGUCAUCACAUUAAUGAAAGUCACGUCAUGACACUGUCUUAUUUCCAUGUUUCUGCUUUGUAAUGGUCAUUACUUUCAACAAAUGUACUAUCAGCCCUAAUUUCACGUUUGUGUCUAUUUCAAUAAUUAAUGCUAUAGGUUCGAAAUUUAUGAAAAUGAACCAUGCAUCAACAUCGCAAUGUUGUGCAACCACAAUAUUAUUAAUCGGACUAAAAUGGAUCACAUAAUAGCUAUAUUAACCAUACUUUUCUCAUCUCACUUUAAUGGGAAUGUAGUAGGAGAUGUUUUUCACAAUUUUCAAUGACUAUUCAUACUUAGCCCUACAAAUCAUGUGCGCUCCAGCUGUCCUUGGCAUGCCCGCUACUCAUGUCUUGAUAGAAUAAACGUCUUUAUUCUCUUCACAAACGGCAAACUCAUCAUGCUUAUCACAUUUCCAUGGCUUGACACAAGGUAAUUGACCCCCAGAAUCAUAAAAAUAUAUAUUUUUAACCACUAACCUGUCGAUAAAAGCUUAUGUGAGAAGCUGAUCCAUCAAGUCAAUUGAUUAAGGCAUAAUUCUAAUGAUUUCAUAUAUCAUUUUCAAACAUUCAGUCACUUCUUGAUAUAUUUAUUAAAGCAAUAUGAAGUAGAGGAGACAAUGGCCUCUGCUUAAACUUUUUUGGGGGUUUUAUUCAAGGUCAUCAGUUUAUAUUGUGUUAUUCGUCCCAUCCGUCUCUUCUGUAAUUGCUCCCAGGCUAACAGCCAAGACUAGCUAGCAUGAUACUUGAAACCUAUGCUAUCGUUUAGUCACUAGAUGGCUUAAGAAAAUGACAUAUGUUUGGAACCUUGAACAACUAAACCCAACUCUACAACCGAAAAACACUUCCGGGUCCGUUUUUUUCUUACAUCACUCAAAACCACUUUUUGUUGAUAACUCGGCGAAACAUGGUUGGCAUGUGCUGUUUUUUGACUUCAUUAUGUCAUUCUAGUUUCUGUGUUAUCUGAGAAAAUGAGCGUGUUACUUUCACCCCGUGUUACUUUCGUCCUGGCUCUCCCCUAGUUAAUGAGCAGUCUUUUAUUGUCUCUGUAUUUGUCUCAUGUUUCAGUUGGUGUCCAACAUUGGUCCAUAUCAGAAACUUAGAGUGCAGAUAUUUAACUUUUAUAGAACAGAAUAGAAUAACACCUCAGUCUGCCACAUCUGUCACUCAAAAAUCUGCCGAUGCCAGAGUGGCUAAAUAUGACUUGUUGUAUUACUGUUAUUGUUCACAAUACUGCUGAAUAAACCCAGUCCACUACUGCCUCCCUCUGGUCAUAAUGAUAUGCACUUCGUAAAGGAGAAUGGGAGAAGACGUUUUCACAAGGGUAGCACAGUUCACGAGAACCCAAGUCAGGUCUUUGUUGACAUAGAAUGUUGAAGUAGAAUUUCAGUGGUCGUCUGUUUUAGGGCGCAUCCCAAAUGUCACCCUACUCCUUUAGUGCACUAAUGUGCACCCUGGGCCAUAAGGCUGUGGUCAAAAGUAGUGCACAAUAUAGGGAAUAGGAUUGCCAUUUGGGGCACACACAUAAUGGGUGCACAUUUGGUCAUGCACUGUUACAGCUGGGUGGACUAAUCUAGAGUGUUGAUUAGGUUGGAGGCUGAUGAAGGCCCCAUCCCUCUUGCUAUUGGACGGCUUCCAAGGACUCUGACCUGCUUCAAGGGGAGAGUCAGGGUUCGACUCAUCUGGCCUGGAGAUGCUGAAGGACUCAGGGCAGAUUCAGGACAGAGAGUGGAGGUGACGGGGUGAGAUUAAUAAGGCCUGGUGACAGGAAUCCUAUUGACUGGUGGUGUCAUUCUCGGAACCAUCAGUCUGAAUGACAAAUCUCUGUAGAGAUGCUGAUUGAAUCCAUCUCCCAAACCCCCAAAGUACUCAAAUCACUUAAUUUCAGUUCGGGGCAAAAUAAACAGAGCAAAAAUAAUUCAUCAAAAUCUAGAAAGAGCACUGGAGAGGUAUAGCAAGAUGCAUUCUGAACUGAAGAAGUUCAUUUUCAGUUUGCCAUUGAGGGCAGGCCACCAGAUACUGAAAACCUAUCUACUUGUUACUCAGUUGUGAAGUGAGCAAACAAACAUAUGAGAAGAGGAGACUCAAGUUUCAAGUUUUAAUAGUCGUACAGUAUGUAUGGGAUACGCAUGGUAUACAUUGCAUUCAAAAGGAUUCAGACCCCUUGACUUUUUCCACAUUUUGUUACGUUACAGCCUUUUUCUAAAAUUGAUUAAAUCGUUUUUUUCCCUCAUCAAUCUACACACAAUACCCAAUAAUGACAAAGUAAAAACCGGUUUUUAGACAUUUUUGAAAAUGUAUUACAAACAAAAAACGGAUAUAGCACAUUUACAUAAGUAUUCAGACCCUUUACUCAGUACUUUGUUGAAGCACUUUGGCAGUGAUUACAGCCUCGGGUCUUCUUGGGUAUGACGCUACAAGCUUGGCACACCUGUAUUUGGGGAGUUUCUCCCAUUCUUCUCUGCAGAUUCUCUCAAGCUCUGUCAGGUUGGAUGGGGAGCGUCGCUAAACAGCUAUUUUCAGGUCUCUCCAGAGAUGUUCGAUCAGGUUAAAAUCCGAGCUCUGGCUGGGCCACUCAAGGACAAUCAGAGACUUGUCCCGAAGCCACUCCUGCGUUAUCUUGGCUGUGUGCUUAGGGUCGUUGUCCUGUUGGUCCUGAGCGCUCUGGAGCAGGUUUCCAUCAAUGAUCUCUCUGUACUUUGCUCAGUUCAUCUUUCCCACGAUCCUGGAUGGUGUUCUCCGGGGGAUGAUAGGUGUUGGGUUUGCGCCAGACAUAGCGUUUUCCUUGAUGGCCAAAAAGCUCAAUUAUAGUCUCAUCUGACCAGAGUACCUUCUUCCAUAUGUUUGGGGAGUCUCCCACUUGCCUUUUGGCGAACACCAAAUGUGUUUGCUUAUUUUUUUCUUUAAGCAAUGGCUUUUUUCUGGCCACUCUUCCGUAAAGCCGUGCUCUGUGGAGUGUACGGCUUAAAGUGAUCCUAUGGACAGAUACUCCAAUCUCCGCUGUGGAGCUUUGCAGCUCCUUCAGGGUUAUCUUUGGUCUCUUUGUUGCCUCUCUGAUUAAUGCCCUCCUUGCCUGGUCUGUGAGUUUUGGUGGGCGGCCCUCUCUUGGCAGGUUUGUUGUGGUGCCAUAUUCUUUCCAUUUUUUAAUAAUGGAUUUAAUGGUGCUCUGUGGGAUGUUCAAAGUUUCUGAUAUUUUUUUAUAACCCAACCCUGAUCUGUACUUCUCCACAACUUUGUCCCUGACCAGUUUGGAGACCUCCUUGGUCUUCAUGGUGCCGCUUGCUUGGUGGUGCCCCUUGCUUAUUGGUGUUGCAGACUCUGGGGCCUUUCAGAACAGGUGUACAGUGGGGAAAAAAAGUAUUUAGUCAGCCACCAAUUGUGCAAGUUCUCCCACUUAAAAAGAUGAGAGAGGCCUGUAAUUUUCAUCAUAGGUACACGUCAACUAUGACAGACAAAUUAAGAAAAAGAAAAUCCAGAAAAUCACACUGUAGGAUUUUUAAUGAAUUUAUUUGCAAAUUAUGGUGGAAAAUAAGUAUUUGGUCAAUAACAAACAAGCAAGAUUUCUGGCUCUCACAGACCUGUAACUUCUUCUUUAAGAGGCUCCUCUGUCCUCCACUCGUUACCUGUAUUAAUAGCACCUGUUUGAACUUGUUAUCAGUAUAAAAGACACCUGUCCACAACCUCAAACAGUCACACUCCAAACUCCACUAUGGCCAAGACCAAAGAGCUGUCAAAGGACACCAGAAACAAAAUUGUAGACCUGCACCAGGCUGGGAAGACUGAAUCUGCAAUAGGUGAGCAGCUUGGUUUGAAGAAAUCAACUGUGGGAGCAAUUAUUAGGAAAUGGAAGACAUACAAGUCCACUGAUAAUCUCCCUCGAUCUGGGGCUCCACGCAAGAUCUCACCCUGUGGGGUCAAAAUUAUCACAAGAACGGUGAGCAAAAAUCCCAGAACCACACAGGGGGACCUAGUGAAUGACCUGCAGAGAGCUGGGACCAAAGUAACAAAGCCUACCAUCAGUAACACACUACGCCGCCAGGGACUCAAAUCCUGCAGUUCCAGACGUGUCCCCCUGCUUAAGCCAGUACAUGUCCAGGCCCGUCUGAAGUUUGCUAGAGUGCAUUUGGAUGAUCCAGAAGAGGAUUGGGAGAAUGUCAUAUGGUCAGAUGAAACCAAAAUAUAACUUUUUGGUAAAAACUCAACUCGUCGUGUUUGGAGGACAAAGAAUGCUGAGUUGCAUCCAAAGAACACCAUACCUACUGUGAAGCAUGGGGGUGUAAACAUCAUGCUUUGGGGCUGUUUUUCUGCAAAGGGACCAGGACGACUGAUCCAUGUAAAGGAAAGAAUGAAUGGGGCCAUGUAUGUGAGAUUUUGAGUGAAAACCUCCUUCCAUCAGCAAGGGCAUUGAAGAUGAAACGUGGCUGGGUCUUUCAGCAUGACAAUGAUCCCAAACACACUGCCCGGGCAACAAAGGAGUGGCUUCGUAAGAAGCAUUUCAAGGUCCUGGAGUGGCCUAGCCAGUCUCCAGAUCUCAACCCCAUAGAAAAUCUUUGAGGGAGUUGAAAGUCCGUGUUGCCCAGCGACAGCCCCAAAACAUCACUGCUCUAGAGGAGAUCUGCAUGAAGGAAUGGGCCAAAAUAGUGUGUGAAAACCUUGUGAAGACUUACAGAAAACGUCUGACCUGUGUCAUUGCCAACAAAGGGUAUAUAACAAAGUAUUGAGAAACUUUUGUUAUUGACCAAAUACUUAUUUUCCUACAAUGUGAUUUUCUGGAUUUCUUUUUCUUAUUUUGUCUGUCAUAGUUGACGUGUACCUAUGAUGAAAAUUAAAGGCGUCUCUCAUCUUUUUAAGUGGGAGAACUUGCACAAUUGGAGGCUGACUAAAUACUUUUUUUCCCCACUGUAUAUAUACUGAGAUCAUGUGACGGAUCAUGUGACACUUGUGGACUUUAUUUAACUAAUUAUGUGACUUCUGAAGGUAAUUGGUUGCACCAGAUCUUAAUAAGGGGCUUCAUAGCAAAGGGGGUGAAUACAUAUGCACGCACCACUUUUCCAUUAUUUACUUUGUAUAAUUUUUUGAAAUAAGUUAUUUUUUUCAUUUCACUUCACCAAUUUGGACUAUUUUGUGUAUGUCCAUUACAUGAAAUCCAAAUAAAAAAUCCAUUUAAAUGACAGGUUGUAAUGCAACAAAAUAGGAAAAACGCCAAGGGGGAUGAAUACAUUUGCAAGGCACUGUAGGUACCUUUUGGCAAACUCCAAGCGAGCUGUCAUGUGCCUUUUACUGAGGAGUGGCUUCUGUUUGGCCACUCUACCACAAAGGCCUGAUUUGGUGGAGUACUGUAGAGAUGGUUGUCCUUCUGGAAGGUUCUCCCGUCUCCACAGAGGAACUCUGGAGCUCUGUCAGAGUGACCAUCAGGUUCUUGGUCACCUCCCUGACCAAGGCCAUUCUCCCCCGAUUGCUCAGUUUGGCCAGGCGGCCAGCUUUAGGAAGAGCCUUGUCGGUUCCAAACGUCUUCCAUUUAAGAAUGAUGGAGGCCAUUGUGUUCUUGGGAACCUUCAAUGCCGUAGAAAUGUUUUGUUACCCUUCCCCAGAUCUGUGCCUCGACACAAUCCUGUCUCCAAGCUCUACGGACAAUUCCUUCGACCUCAUGGCUUGGUUUUUACUCUUGACAUAUACUGUCAACUGUUGGACCUUAUAUAGACAAGUACGCGCCUUUCCAAAUCAUGUCCAAUCAAUUGAAUUUACCACAGGUGGACUCCAAUCAAGUUGUAGAAACAUCUCAAGGAUGAUCAAUGGAAACAGGAUGCACCUGAGCUCAAUUUAUCGAGUCUCAUACCAAAGGGUCUGAAUACUUAUGUAAAUGUGAUAUUUCUUAUUUUUUCUUUUUUUAUACAUUUGCAAACAUUUCUAAAAACCUAUUUUCGCUUUGUCAUUAUGGGGUAUGGUGUGUAGAUUGAUGAGCAAUUAUUUUUAUUUCAUCCAUUUUAGAACAGGGCUGUAAUGUAACAUAAUGUGGAAAAAGUCAAGGGGUCUGAAUACUUUCAGAAUGCACUGUACAUUGUCCAACGAAAUACUUACUUUCAGGUUCCUUCUCAACAAUCCAACAACAAUAAGAAAUAGUAAAAAUAAUAAGAAUAUGAACAUAUAGUAAAUGGCAGUAGAAUAGAAUAAACAUUUUAAGUGGUACAAGAUCAAGUCAAACAUCCAGGUUUGAAGUCCAGAAAGCAGAUGAGGGGUUUGAACCGGCUGCUGCUGGUCAUCCAGAUUUCUGCUGUGAUGGGCCUAUUAUUAGAGCCUUCGCUCCUUACUCAGGUGGUUGACUAGACUCAGCAACGUUAAGAGAACAUCUGCUCGGAAGACAUGUCUGAUUAUGAGCAAUUACUGAAGAAUAAUACAAACAUUACAAUCAAAACAUGAUACGCACUAGUAGUACAACAACAGCAAGAAGUGCUGGUGUAGUUUAGAGCAGUCAUUGUAGUAGUAUACUGUAGGUAAAUUAGGCAGGGUGGCAGUCUGUUUCUGCUCUCUUGCCAACUCCUUAUGGAAUUGCCUUUGGCUUGACAAUGACAGCACAUGAGUCGACAAGAGCACAAACAGAUCUGGGACCAGGCUAAUAAUAAUAGUCUUUAGUAACAAUACUACAAUACUGUAGCACAGUACCAGGGGUUAGUGGUAAUACAGUAUUAGAAAUGGACUUAGUAGCAGGCUCUAUUUGGGUCCCAUGUCAUUUGUCUUUCAGUAUAACUUGUACCCCCAUUAGUUCCAGCUGUGUUGUGCAGAGUACUUUAGCACGUUUCUUGGGCAGAUGUAAUAAGCUGAGGGAUAAUAGUUACUGCCCCCAAUAAAUACCCAGCAAUAUGAGUCUGCUAUUAUCUCCUCUGACAUCAUGCUCUACUUAUCCUCUAUUCUCUUUCUAUUAAUCCCUCCUUCCUUUUCCAUACAAAACUUAUGGUGUCACUUGUUUCUGUCUUCCCUUCAGCUGUUUUCUCUCUUGCUGUCUGAUCAUAUCAUCUUCACUCCAGCUAAAUAUACAGUGCAGUCGGAUAGUAUUUAGACUCCUUGACUUUUUCCACAUUUUGUUACGUUACAGCCUUAUUUUUUAGAAUGGAUUCAAUUGUCCCCCCCCCCCUCAUCAAUCUACACACACCCCAUAAUGACAAAGCAAAAACAGGUUUUUAUAAAUUGUUGCAAAUUUAUAAAAAAAUGAAAAUUGAAAUAUCACAUUUACAUAAGUAUUCAGACCCUUUACUCAGUACUUUGUUGAAGCACCUUUGGCAGUGAUUACAGCCUAGAGUCGUCUUGGGUAUAACGUUACAAGCUUGGCACACCUGUAUUUGGUCCUCUGUAGCUCAGCUGGUAGAGCACAGCGCUUGUAAUGCCAAGGUAGUGGGUUCAAUCCCCGGGACCACCCAUACACAAAAAAAAUUAUGCACGCAUGACUGUAAGUCCCUUUGGAUAAAAGCGUCUGCUAAAUGGGAUAUUAUUUAUAUUAUUUAUUUGGGGAGAUUCUCCCAUUCUUCUCUGCAGACCCUCUCAAGCUCUGUUAGGUUGGAUGGGGAGCGUUGCUGCACAGCUAUUUUCAGGUCUCUCCAGAGAUUUUCGAUUAGGUUCAAGUCUGGGCUCUGGCUGGAUCACUCAAGGUCAUUCAGAGACUUGUCCCGAAGCCACUCCUACGUUGUUUUGGCUGUGUGCUUAGGGUCAUUGUCCUGUUGGAAGGUGAACCUUCGCCCCAGUGUGAGGUCCUGAACGCUCUGGAACAGGUUUUCAUCAAGGAUUUCUCUUUACUUUGCUCCGUUCAUCUUUACCUCGAUCAUGGCUAGUCUCCCAGAUCCUGCCGGUGAAAAACAUCCCCACAGCAUGAUGCUGCCACCACCAUGCUUCACCAUAGGGAUAGUAAUGGCCAGGUGAUGAGCGGUGCCUGGUUUCUUCCAGACGUGACUGUUAUGAUGAGUUUCUGGUAUUGAGAAGUUCAAGAUGCAAGAAUUUACUUAGACAUUUUGUGGAGAUUUUACCAAGUAUUUAUUUGAUCACGAGCCCGUGGGUUCAUCUAACAAACGGACAUAGCCUUGCCCCCUUGUCAGUUGAACUGCCCACACACACAAAUCUCACAUCUUUUAUACUCUUGGUUACACAUUUCUUCAACCACAUCUGGCCAUCGUCAAUGAGCACUACCCCUUCUAUGUCAUGACCUCUUACCCCCAAGCAGGACGUUCCCUCCAUACAUCAUUCUAAUACAAACCCCACUAUCUUCCUUGGACAGAUUGGAAUUUACUACCCCAGACUUAGAGUCACCCAGAACCACUUCUCUCUACUAACUUUAAACUAGUUACACACUCAUAUGAAAUAGCCCCAUAUCCUCAUCAUAUCAGUGACGCUUGGCAUUCAGGCCAAAGAGUUCAAUCUUGGUUUCAUUAGAACAGAGAAUCUUGUUUCUCAUGGUCUGAGAGUCCUUUAGGUGCCUUUUGGCAAACUCCAAGCGGGCUGUCAUGUGCCUUUUACUGAGAAGUGGCUUCUGUCUGGCCAUUCUACCACAAAUGCCUGAUUGUGGAGUACUGCAGAGAUGGUUGUCCUUCUGGAAGGUUCUCCCAUCUCCACAGAAGAACUCUGGAGCUCUGUCAGAGUGACCAUCGGGUUCUUGGUCACCUCCCCGACCAAGGCCCUUCUCCACCGAUUGCUCAGUUUGGCCGGGCGGCCACUCUAGGAAGAGUCUUGGUGGUUCCAAACUUCUUCCAUUUAAUAAUGAUGGAGGCCACUGUGUUCUUGGGGACCUUCAAUGCUGCAGAAAUGUUUUGGUACCGUUCCCCAGAUCUGUGCCUCGACUCAAUUCUGUCUGCGAGCUCUAUGGACAAAUCCUUCAACCUCAUGGCUUGGUUUUUACUCUGAUAUGCACUGUCAACUGUGGGACCUUAAAUAGACAAGUGUGUGCCUUUCCAAAUCAUGUCCAAUUAAUUGAAUUUACCACAGGUGGACUCCAAUCAAGUUGUAGAAACAAGGAUGAUCAAUGGAAACAGGAUGCACCUGAGCUCAAUUUCGAGUCUCAUAGCAAAGGGUCUGAAUACUUAUGUAAAUAAGGUAUUUCUGUUUGGUGGUUUUUAUAAAUUUGCAAACAUUUCUAAAAACCUGUUUUAUGGGGUGUUGUGUGUAGAUUGAUGAUGAAAACAUAUUAUUUAAUCAAAUUUAGAAUAAGGCUGUAACGUAACAAAAUGUGGAAGAAGUGAAUGGGUCUGAGUACUUUGUAUGGGGAUAGGGUUGGCAGUUUUCUUUUCCUUUGCUCUUUCUUUCAUUCUUCCUUUCUUUCUUUAUUUUCUUUCUCCCUCUCUCUUUAGCCUCUUUCUUUCUCCUUCCCUCUGUCUCUCGCUCUCUACAGCUCUCUUUUGGGAGACAAUUGAGACAUGGAUUGUGUAUGUGUGCCAUUAAGAGGGUGAAUGGGCAAGACAACAUAUUUAAGUGCCUUUGAACGGGGUAUGGUAGUUGGUGCCAGGCACACCGGUUUGGUUCAAGAACUGCAAUGCUGCUGGGUUUUUCUCACUCAACAGUUUCCCGUGUGUAUCAAGAAUGGUCCACCACCCAAAGGACAUCUAGGCAACUUGACACAACUGUGGGAAGCAUUGGAGCCAACAUGGGACAGCAUCCCUAUGGAACGCCUUCGGUUUUGGUGAGUGAUUGAGAGGCUGGGGAGAGUUUGCUUGGUGAGAGGAACAUCAGAACAGCAAGGGCUUGAUUGGAAGUCCUCAGUACUCUGACAGUCACACUGUUUCAGUUUGCCUUAUGUACUGUACACUGUUUUGUUGUGGAGAUGUUCUGUACCUGGCUUUGACAUCAUACAAAGAGACAAGAACCACAGGGCUUAGGGCUAAUGCCGGUCAUGUGAUUCAAGGUGCUUUAGCUGGAGAUGCAUGGUACAAACAGAAAGUAAAGGUUAAGAAAACAUGGAGUAGCAGAGAAUGUAUGGCGCACAGAAGCCUCAUAUCUUUGUAAUUUCUUUCCAUUCAUAUUUUGGUCUUCACUUUGCAACUACAGUUUGCAAAGAUGUUAUGGGGACAUUAUGGGGAUGUGAUGGUGACAUUCAGGUGUCGUGCACAAAGGGAUGAUAUUUAUAAGAAGCUGUCAACAUAUCCUCACAUCAGUGUGUACUGUUCUUUAACUUAAUCUGUCAUAUUUUCUUUGCAGAAGCCUGAAGGCUGGAGCCACCUGCUCCUCGACUCCAGUCUCUGGUUAAAUCAAAUCAAAUCACAUUUUAUUUGUCACAUGCUUCGUAAACAGCAGGUGUAGACUAACAAUGAAGUGCUUACUUACAGGUCCUUCCCAACAAUGCAGAUAUUUUUUAUUUUGAAAUAGUUACAAAUAUAUAUAAUAAUAAUAAUAUUAAUAAUAUUAAUAACUGCACAAGGAAUAAAUACACAAUGAGUAACGUUAAAUUGGCUAUAUACACCGAGUACCACUACCGAGUCAAUGUGCAGGGGUACAAGGUAAUUGAGGUAGAUAAAGUGACUAGGCAACGGGAUAGAUAAUAAACAGUAACAGCAGCGUAUGUGAUGAGUCAAAAGAGUUAGUGCAAAAAGGGUCAAUGCAGAUAUUCCGGGUAGCUAUUGGUUAACUAUUUAACUAACUAUUUAGCAGUCUUAUAGCUUGGGGGUAGAAGCUGUUCAGGGUCCUGUUGGUUCCAGACUUGGUACAUCGGUACCGCUUGCCGUGCGGUAGCGAGAGAACAGUCUAUAACUUGGGGGGCUGGAGUCGUUGACAAUCUUUAGGGCCUUCCUCUGACACCGCCUGGUAUAGAGGUCCUGGAUGGCAGGGAGCUCAGCACCAAUGAUGUACUGGGCAGUACGCACUACCCUCUGUAGCGUCUUGCGGUCAGAUGCCAAAUGGUUAGCAGUGUUGGGGAAGCUACUCUGAAAUCAUAGUUUACCAAACUACCAAUUAAUUCAUACUACUAAAGCUACCCUUAAGAAAAAAUAGUUUACUUAACAUUUAGCAGACGCUCUUAUCCAGAGCGACUUACAGUUAGUGAGUGCAUACAUUUUUGUAGUUUUUUUGUGUGUUUUUUUUCAUACUGGCCACCCUUGGGAAUCGAACCCACAAUCCUGGCGUUGCAAGCGCCAUGCUCUACCAACUGAGCUACACGGGGCGCUAACAGAAGCUACUUUGAAAAAGUAGUUCACUACAUCCAAGCUACUUCGGGAAAAAUUAUCGGAUCUUAAUCUGAAAUGUCAUAGACUGCAAAUUGCAUGAACAGAUCACUCUGGGGUCAGAUGUUAACAGAAUGUCUAAUUUAGCCUAUUAAACACAAAGUGAGAAUUAGGCAGGUCUAAUGCAGAAAAAGAAAGGAAAUUCUUGCCUAUUUCACCCAUAUUUUCUUCUCUUUUUGCAAAAGAAAGUAGUGUGUAGUUCCAGUAGUUAGCCGCACCGCGUCAUUGCAAAAAAGUGAUUAACUACUGAAAACACUACCAAGAUUUGAAUUCAGUUCAAAUUCCACCAAGCUACUGCAAAAUGUAGUUUAAUUACUAGUUACCAACGCUGUGAUAGACACUGACUAGGGCCCUCACAGGGCUGACACUGUCAUCUUGAUUUCAAUAUGUACAGAUGUAGGAUCUUACUUUGAUCACUCUUUGGUUGCUGAGAAUCUUUCUGCACCGCAGGAAAUGUAGAUGAGCUUCGUGAUUUACAUAACUUCAGUGAAAGCCCACACUAACACACGGUUAUAUUAACAGUAUUGCACUUUUCAUGUAGCCUACUUUUGGCCAGCUAAAAGCCUAACCACCAAUCAAGCAACAUUAUGGUCCAAACGUUCAAAUCCUGUUGUAGGAUCUUCAUUUGACCUAUAUUGUCACCGCAACAUCUUAACAUUUAGCCCAUAAUGUUGCUUGAUUGGUGGUUAGGCUAUUAGCUGGCCAAAAGUAGGCUACAUGCAAAGUACAAUGCUGUUUCAUUAGCUCCAUUACCGUUUUUAGCACUAUAAUGAAUAAAGUGGUUGGUGAUUGUGUUGAAGCCUAAUAGCUACGCUCAAUCAUGGACUGUUUGUGUGCUCCCAUCCUAUUCAUUGGUACAACUUCAAUUUCAAGUGGCUUUUAAGUAAAAAAAAAAAAAAGUUACAGCAUACAGUAAAGAGCGUAUUUUGAAUCUGUUGGACCACAUCCUUUUUAGAGGACAGGUUUCCCCCGUGGUCAUCAAAUUCAACACCCUCAGCAAAGUCAGUCACACUUCCUUUCCCUCCUUCCCCAGGUCCUCUCACUAGGCGCAGAUGUUCUGCCAGAGUACAAGCUCCAGACCCCUCGCAUCCAUAAAUGGACCAUCCUUCACUACAGCCCCUUCAAGGCGGUGUGGGACUGGGUCAUCCUGCUCCUGGUCAUCUACACUGCCAUCUUCACCCCCUACUCCGCGACCUUUCUCCUUAGUGACCAGGAGGAGGUGGCCAUGCAGACCUGUGGUUACUCCUGCUCUCCGCUCAACGUGGUGGACCUCAUCGUUGACAUCAUGUUCAUCGUUGACAUCAUCAUCAACUUCAGGACGACGUACGUCAACACCAACGACGAGGUGGUCAGCCAGUCACAGCGGAUCGCUGUGCAUUAUUUCAAAGGCUGGUUCCUUAUAGAUAUGGUGGCGGCUAUCCCAUUUGACCUGCUCAUAUACCGCUCAGGAGAAGAGGUGAGGAGAUCUGGGUGUUAUGGUUUUAUUGUACCUAUCCAAAUGCUGCUGUGAGAGUCUGUUAUAAGAAUCUGUGCAAAUAUUUAUUUAUUCUUUCUUAAGUAAACUGACACAGUGAUAAUAAUAAAAAAGCUUGGUUUUAUGACUAGGUGUCCUACAUGUGUGAAUGACCUGUGUUUGACCUCUUUCUGACUUGUACCGUUUUAGACAACAACCCUGAUUGGCCUGUUGAAGACUGCUCGGCUGCUGCGAUUGGUGCGCGUAGCUCGGAAGCUGGACCGAUACUCUGAGUACGGAGCGGCCGUCCUAUUCCUCCUCAUGUGUACCUUUGCCCUCAUCGCUCAUUGGCUGGCCUGUAUCUGGUACGCCAUUGGUAAUGUGGAGCGUGCAGGAGCAGCCCGGAUUGGCUGGCUGGACUCUCUGGGUGACCAGCUCGGUAAACCCUACAAUCAGACUAUACCAGGGUCAGGUCCCACCAUAAGGGACAAGUAUGUGACAGCACUCUACUUUACCUUCAGUAGUCUGACCAGCGUGGGCUUUGGAAAUGUCUCACCCAACACCAACUCUGAGAAGAUCUUUUCCAUCUGCGUCAUGCUCAUCGGCUGUAAGUCACAAUUAUAAACCCUCAAUACACAAAUAAGUAUUGCUUAAUACACAGGCUAUGCCUCUAUUAAUCCAUGAUUUGAAAUUUGACAACACAUGAAUGGACAAUGUGUAAUUAUGGAUUAUGUUUAUUGGAUGUGUUCGACCUAUUGGAUAGCCCCCAGGGAUGUUCAUUUUACUGUAUCGUAUCUAAUAAUAUAAAAAGCUGUACAUUUUGAUUACAUGCACAAAAUCAUCAUGUUUUCCUAGGAUUGUAAUGUUACAUGUUUCAUUUUUGGCAAUAUGCUAAGACCUCAAUCUCGGUUCUCCUGUGUAUCAACAGCUCUGAUGUAUGCCAGCAUCUUUGGUAACGUGUCAGCCAUCAUCCAGCGGCUGUACUCCGGCACGGCUCGCUACCACACCCAGAUGCUGCGGAUUCGAGAAUUCAUCCGCUUCCACCAGAUCCCCAACCCACUGAGGCAGCGGCUAGAGGAGUACUUCCAACAUGCCUGGUCUUACACUAACGGCAUUGAUAUGAACGCUGUGAGUCAGACACACACACACACACACACACACACGCACACACACACGCGCACACACACACACACGCACACACACACACACACACUGCUACUUGUUCUGGUAAUUUAAGUGUGGCGAAAUGGACACAAAGUAGUACUUGUAAAAAGGCAACACACAGUGGUCGACACAAAAGACAAACAAACUGAUGUCUCUCCACUCCUAAAUGUUGUCCAGGUGCUGAAGGGCUUCCCAGAGUGCUUGCAGGCUGAUAUCUGCCUGCACCUCAACCGCAUCCUGCUGGAGAACUGUAAGGCCUUCAAGGGCUCAACUAAGGGCUGCCUGCGGGCCCUGGCCAUGAGGUUUAAGACCACCCACGCACCGCCAGGCGACACCCUGGUUCACGCCAGUGACGUCAUCUCAGCCCUUUACUUCAUCUCCCGUGGCUCCAUAGAGAUCCUGAGAGGGGAUGUGGUGGUGGCCAUCCUGGGUAGGUUAUCAUCUAAACUGCAUUUCCAUAUGGCACAAUAAAGAUUUACUUGAUUUGAAUUGACUUGACUUGGUAAUAUCAGCCCUAUCCUAAAACAGUGGCUUUUAACCUGUAUAUUGUUGCAGAGGCUUUGAACCCAGUCUCUCUCAUCUCCUCCACUAGUUGAGAUAUGCCUCCAUAGCCCUCCACAAUGUUUGGUGUAACAGCCCCAGCUAGUGGUUACUAUGGGUUAGUCACAAGAAUUCGAGAGAGCACAUCCACUCAGAAAUCUUGUAAAUCGCUAUAAAUUAAUACAGAAAAAGUACAUUACAUAUUCAUUAAUAACAUAUUGUCUAUGAAUAUACACUAUCAGAAGCAUAUAAUGUAUCCAUUUUGAUCAUAUUUUAAAUAGAUAUGGUAUCAUCUACUGUAGCUUCAUCCAGUAAACAAUCUCUAAUUUCCUUCCUGCAGGUAAGAAUGACAUCUUUGGAGAGCCCAUUAACCUGUAUGCCCGUCCAGGGAAGUCCAAUGCAGACGUGAGGGCUCUGACCUAUUGUGACCUCCAUAAGAUCCACAGAGAGGACAUGCUAGAGGUGCUGGACAUGUAUCCUGAGUUCUCUGACUACUUCUGGGGGAACCUGGAGAUCACAUUCAACCUCCGGGAUGUGAGUGGGAUUUUUGUUACAGAAUCUUGCCACUAAUGCCUUCCUAGAAAGUCAGAUUCAGGUGAAUUUACUGUCUCUUAUCUUUAAGUUUCAAAUGUUUUGACUAAAGAAAUCACUCUAUUUCAGGCUGCCACGGUAGCUGGCUCAAUGAGCAGUGAGGACUCUGACCAUGGUGGAGUCAGCCGUCGCAUUCACAGACAACAAAUGUCUCUCAGUCGCAGCUUGGACAGAGGUGCGGUACCCUGUUAGUCAAGUACUCUGGCUAGUAGUGCACUAAAUAGGGAAUAGGAUACCAUUUGGGACAAACCUUAUUUCUGCAUUCUUUGCCUCACCUCACAGAUGCAGGGGAGACCAAUCCAUCCCAGAGACCUGUCCGCAGGGCCAGAGGCCAGAGCUCCAGAGACCAGGGAGAUGGGCAGAACACAGAGUCUGAGGGGCUGAGGAACUCCGCCUUUUCUCCUUCCCACUCCAGCAGAGAUGAGGAGACAGUGUUAACCAGCCAUGUACAACCAACUUCACUAAUGGGGAUGCCCUAUAGUGAGACCAAAAUCCUCAACGGCAGCAGUGCUUCAGAAGACGAGAUUAACCAGAAAACUGGCAAUACUUGCAACGCUCUCUCAGGUAGACAUCCAUUCAUGAGCACUACCUUUAUAAAAACUUUUGCCUUUGUGUUAGAUCUCAGUGGUGUUAUUUUUCUCCAUUGAUGCACCAAUAUAAUAGCCACACAUGCUGCUAUUCAUGUCAGUACAGUAUACUGUAUGAAUCUGAUGUAGAUAUUGUAUGAGCUGGACUAGCUGUCAGUUAACCUCCCCUCUCUAUCAGGGGCUUUCUCAGGCGUCUCCAACAUCUUCAGUUUUUUGGGGGAGAGCCGCGAGCAGCAGCAGUAUCAGGAGGUACCCUGCCACAGCCAGCCCUCCCCUCCCCCUCAUCCUCCCCCUCUCAAUGUUGCCUCUCUCAACAUCAGCCGACGGCAGCGCAGCGAGCUGGAGAACAGGCUGGACCUGCUGCAGAGACAGCUCUACAGGUCAGAGAAUUCCAUAUUUAGUGCACUACUUUUGACCAGGGCCCAGGGUAUAAGGUGCCAUAUGGGAUGCAGUCUAUGACAUCCCAAACCUUUGCUGUUGGGAGGCUGUGUCUGCCUUUAACUGAGUGAUAAUAAGAUGACCAAAAUACUGUUUACAAUAACUAUUUACUAUAGUGACACUGGGUACUUUAAGGAUGGAAGGAUUGAAGUUUAAAUGUGGUUGUACAGUGCCUUGCAAAAGUAUUCAUCCUCCUUGCCGUUUUUACUAUUUUGUUGCAUUACAACCUGUCAUUUAAAUGGAUUUUUAUUUGGAUUUCAUGUAAUGGACAUACACAAAAUAGUCCAAAUUGGUGAAGUGAAAUGAAAAAAAUUACUUAUUUCUAAAAGAUAAAUAACGGAAAAGUGGUGCGUGCAUAUGUAUUCACCCCUUUUGCUAUGAAGCCCCUAAAUAAGAUCUGUUGCAACCAAUUACCUUCAGAAGUCACAUAAUUAGUUAAAUAAAGUCCACCUGUGUGCAAUCUAAGUGUCACAUGAUCUGUCACAUGAUCUCAGUAUAUAUACACCUGUUCUGAAAGGCCCCAGAGUCUGCAACAUGACAAAGCAAGGGGCACCACUAAGCAAGCGGCACCAUGAAGACCAAGGAGCUCUCCAAACAGGUCAGGGACAAAAUUGUGGAAAAGUACAGAUCAGGGUUGGGUUAUAAAAAAAUAUCUGAAACUUUGAAUAUACCAUGGAGCACCAUUAAAUCCAUUAUAAAAAAAUUGAAAGAAUAUGGCACUACAGCAAACCUGCCAAGAGAGGGCCGCCCACCAAAACUCACGGACCAGGCAAGGAGGGCAUUAAUCAGAGAGGCAACAAAGAGACCAAAGAUAACCCUGAAGGAGCUGCAAAGCUCCACAGUGGAGAUUGGAGUAUCUGUCCAUAGGACCACUUUAAGCCAUACACUCCACAGAGCUGGGCUUUAAGGAAGAGUGGCCAGAAAAAAAGCCAUUGCUUAAAGACAAAAAUAAGCAAACACGUUUGGUGUUCACCAAAAGGCAUGGGGGAGACUCCCCAAACGUAUGGAAGAAGGUACUCUGGUCAGAUGAGACUAAAAUUUGAGCUUUUUGGCCAUCACGGAAAACGCUAUGUCUUUUGCAAAUCCAACACCUCUCAUCAUGGAUGGCGCUAAAUACAGGGAAAUUCUUGAGGGAAACCUGUUUCAGUCUUCCAGAGAUUUGAGACUGGGACGUAGGUUCACCUUCCAGCAGGACAAUGACCCUAAGCAUACUGCUAAAGCAACACUUGAGUGGUUUAAGGGGAAACUUUUAAAUGUCUUGGAAUGGCCUAGUCAAAGCCCAGACCUCAAUCCAAUUGAGAAUCUGUGUUAUGACUUAAAUAUUGCUGUACACCAGCGGAACCCAUCCAACUUGAAGGAGCUGGAGCAGUUUUGCCUUGAAGAAUGGGCAAAAAUCCCAGUGGCUAGAUGUGCCAAGCUUGUAGAGACAUACCCCAAGAGACUUGCAGCUGUAAUUGCUGCAAAAGGUGGCUCUACAAAGGAUUGACUUUUGGGGGGGGGGUGAAUAGUUAUGCAUGCUCAAGUUUUCUGUUUUUUUGUCUUGAGUGGCGCAGUGGUCUAAGGCACUGCAUCGCAGUGCUAACUGUGCCACUAGAUCCUGGUUCGAAUCCAGGCUCUGUCGCAGCCGGCCGCGACCGGGAGACUCAUGGGCGGCGCACAAUUGGCCCAGCGUCGUCCAGGGUAGGGGAGGGAAUGGCCGGCAGGGAUGUAGCUCAGUUGAUAGAGCAUGGCGUUUGCAACGCCAGGGUUGUGGGUUCGAUUCCCACGGGGGGCCAGUAUAAAAAAAAAAAUAUGUAUUCACUAACUGUAAGUCGCUCUGGAUAAGAGCGUCUGCUAAAUGACUAAAAUGUAAUGUAAAUGUCUUAUUUCUUGUUUGUUUCACAAUAAAAAAUAUUUUGUAUUUUCAAAGUGGUAGCCAUGUUGUGUAAAUCAAAUGAUACAAAUCCCCCCAAAAUCCAUUUUAAUUCCAGGUUGUAAAGCAACAAAAUAGGAAAAAUGCCAAGGGGGGUGAAUACUUUCGCAAGCCACUGUAGCUGUGGUUGUAGAUUCUGACUAUUCUACUGUUAUCCCUCAGGUUGGAGUCACGGAUGUCAACAGACAUCGGGGCCAUCAUGCAGCUGCUCCAGAGACAGACGGUGCUGGUGCCCCAGGCCUACAGCACUGUGUCCCCUGAACCGUCUGUCACCCCCACCCUCACCCCCAGGCCUGCAGAAAGGCUGGUGCAGCCUGCCUCACCACUGGACUCAGAGACCCUGGCCUCCUUCUCACAGGUACUGUCUACCACAAUUUGCAACUGGGCACACUGAUGUGGGACCAUAAAAGCAUCUUGGCUGAUGAAAGACACAUCUUCCAAAUGAUUGUAUUUAGAUUGAAUGUGGUUAUCAAUUUAGUGAAGUUGAUUUACGGAUACACUGACAUUCUUUGUUGAUAUUAAGGUCACAAAGUGCAGUUGAGGUCGUGUCAUCAGUAUGAACGCAGCACAUUGGUUUGAGAUAAUUUGUUUUCGUGCAAAAGAAUUGGGUUGAAUACACCAUUAACAUUAGAAUGUUGGGUGGAAAUCUGCUAAGCCCACCGGGUGGUCUGGUCUAACCCCCUCUGGAUGUAGGUCAUCAGCUGGUUAAGACUAUCAUCACUAGUCUGGAUCAAUAGGAAACAAAUGGUCAGUCUGUCUUUUGUAGCCUACUGUAUAUCAACCAAUCAUCCCACUUUGAUGUUCACUCUGAGAGGGUAUUCUGUAAUUGUGUACUGUAGAUCAUUUUCUGAUUCUUCUCACCUCUCACUCUUGUUCUUUACCUCAGUUCUUGGUCAACACAGACUUUGAUGACAGCCCUUCCAAGUCCUGUGAGUCUCUGCACAGCGCGGUUGAGGUGCGUCUUCUGGAGCCAACCCCAAUCCUGGACACUCUCCCCCAGACUCAGCCUCUUCGCAUUAGCAUCCACCCAGAGCAUCACCCCCUGGGCUUGUCCAGCCAUCCAGAUACUGUGCCCUUAAGCCUGGUCAAACAUGGGAACUUCUCAGAGUCAGUGCCCAGGUCAGGGACAGGAUUGGCCCAGUCAGAGCCCUCGGAUGGCCGGCGGCCGCUCUCCCUGCCUGGGAAACACACAGCUCUGGACCUGGAGAGUCCCUGGACUACUGCACACAGAUACAGCUCUGACCCUGGGAGUUAG